UGAACAAGACACCAACACGGGAGUUAGUUGCUGCAAUUCUUAUGCUUGGUGCCAUUUUUAAUAUAAACAUGGAAAGUAUGUUUAUCAUCGAUUAGGCAAACGCUGCGGUCUCGCUUUCUGCUAACAGCAGUCCGGUGGGGUCUCCUGAAUCUCUGUCGCUCUCGUUUUUUGCUUUCCCCCCCAUUUAAAUCACAGUUGCACGAUUAAAUGUUUCGUUUAAGUGCGUCGAUAUAUGCAGUGCGUUUUCAACACAAGGAUUUAACCGUACAAAAUGCAUGCAAGGAUUUCUGCGUCGGUUUUAAAACGCGUUCACACAGAAUAUCUUGGAUUGUAUUUUAUUAUUCGCCUUCGUUUGACUGGAUCUACUUUGUUCCUUGAAAUGAAAAAAGCCGGCUCCAAGACUGAAGGACGACGGUCUUCAUUGUCGUGAGACGAGCACCCCCUUUUUAUUUAUUUAUAUUUUUUAUCGUGUAACUUACGUAGAGCUUGCGCAUUUAAAUUCACAAUGUAUAUGCAUGUAUAUAUAUUUUUUAUCACUGCUUCUGUUAGUUUCAGCUGCGGUAAUGGAGGCUGUCAUUGCUGCUUCGGGAUCGAUCUACUUUCUGUUGUCACGUUCAUGUUCUCCAUACGUUAAUGGAGAUGUUAUGAUGGCUGCAAGCGUUCAAACAGAACAAAAAGCUGGACUUCCUUUACGUGUCAAAAUAAAAGUAACUUGUACGAUCAGAUAAACAAGCACACGUAGAUUGUAGCAGAGGAGAAGAGCAAGAUGAGGAACAGAGGCAAGACAGGGGGGAGGCGGGUCGGUUGUAUAGCUUGUGUCCAUCUGGGAAGAAGUUUAGGAGCAAGCCUCAGCUGGCCCGGUACCUCGGUAACCAGAUGGACCUCAGCUCCUUUGAUUUUCGCACGGGGAAGAUGCUGAUGAGCAAACUGAACAAGAACCGCCAGAGACUGCGAUACGACAACAACAACCAGAACAAGGGCAAACCUGACUUGAACACGUCGCUGCCGGUAAGACAGACGGCCUCCAUUUUCAAGCAGCCUGUUACAAAAGUUACCAACCAUCCCAACAACAAAGUGAAGACGGAUCCUCAGAAAGCUGUCGAUCAGCCCCGACAGCUUUUCUGGGAGAAAAAGCUCAGCGGUCUUAACGCGUAUGACAUCGCAGAGGAGCUGGUGAAGACGAUGGAGCUGCCUAAAGGCCUGCAGGGUAAACAACUGGAUCCUUUAACCAGAGCGAUAGCAUGUCUGGAGAAAGUCGUCCUGAAAAUGUCUGACGAGUCUUCUGCAGGUGUCGGCCCGGGCUGCACGGACAAAACGCUCCUGUCGGCUAUAGCGAGCGCCCUGCACACGAGCGCUGCUCCGAUCACGGGCCAGCUGUCUGCGGCGGUGGAGAAGAACCCGGGCGUGUGGCUGAACACUGCCCAGCCGCUCUGCAAGGCCUUUAUAGUCACAGACGAGGACAUCCGGAAACAGGAGGAGCUGGUGUACAGCGUCAGGAAGAGGCUGGAGGAGGCGCUGAUGGCCGACAUGCUGGCCCACGUGGAGGAGGCCGCCAGCGAGGCGGAGCCCCCGAAGGACGAGGGCAACAGCAGCGAAGACAUGGAGACCUUAUAGCACAGGUUGUUCUGAAGACCGAUUGGACUCAUUGGCCCGCCUCCCUCCCAUAAACACGAGUGUUAGGAUUUCCAUUCCAGCGUGGCCCAGAAGAACUGGGUCCAGUCUCGGCGUCCACUCACUCCAGAAGACCCUCGGCAGCCAUUUUACCACCCGUGAUUGUCUCCAUUCAGUGGGACUCUGUGACUGUAUUUAUGACCGCAGAUGAUUUUUAAUUGGUAAAAGACAUCUAUGAAUGACUUCAGUAUAUUCAAUAUAAUUUCCUUACAAUGUGUCAAAGAUGAGUGUUUAGUAUUGUAUUUUUUACUAAAAUGUCUCGGAUGGAUUUGUGUGUUUUUUGUUUGUGACAAUCAUGUCAGAUCCGAAUGGUUCAGGUCAGCAGACAGCCGGCGUGUUUGUCCCUUUUUAUUGCGGGCUCCUUUUGAGGCGAAUGUUUUUUGUACUGUACUGCAUCCGUUUUUGGAAAUUGAAAUGAAGCUUAACUUGUCAUAUUUUGUAUUUAAAUGUCUUGUUGAAAUCAUGCUCGGUGUUGGUUCGAGAAAAGCGGUGUGCUUUUAAUUAUUAUUUUUUCUUUAGCUUUCAGAGCUUUUGGUGGUUUGGUUUUGCUUAUUUUUUGUUUUUCAUCACCAAAAUGAGUGUUUAGAAACAUUCAACAGUGCUUUUGUACAUUUUUUUUUCUUGUAAAGCAUCUGUGUUAUCACACACUUUUAAAAAUGUAUGCACAAAACAGGCGACGACAGAUGGGAUAGUUUUUAUUCCAUCACUUUCCAAGGAGAAAGGGUUUUACGGUUUCUGUGCUGGCUCACAACAUCCAGCUGGAAUCAUGAAAUGCCCCAUCCAACCUGAGCAGGCAGAUUGCUGCAAUGUGUUAAAGAAAUAAAAUUUGUCACUAUGGUACCAAA